AUUCGAUGAAAGCUAGAAGGUUUCAAUAGACGUUAUAGAAAAAGAUUGAGAUACCUUAUGAAUGUUUUUCGCACUGUAAACAAGAGGAUAAGAAACAAAUCUUCCGACAUUUGAAUUUCUUCCUGAAAUGUCUCUUAUCUGAUAUAAUGAAUGCACAUUUAAGGAAGUACAAUUUCAUUUUAACCAAGCAAUAAAUAGUUCUAUACAAUACUAAUUCUCGUCCAAAACAUUCCAAAGAAAUCUUUAUACAUUGUACAUUGACGGGUUUGGAAAGAUGGCCGAAAUACAGUUGGAGACCCAAUGCAAACCAUUCACAAGAUUUUUCUACAUUAACUCUACGUUGGCACCCACAUGUAUCCUGUUUGUAUGCAUCGUCAUCUUGAUAAUAUUCUCCACAUCAAAAGCAAUCCCAUCGCCACGACCAGUCGUUUGGGGAACGGAGGCAGCAAUUACUUUCAUCAGCAUGAUUUUCACUUUUGUUAUUUGGUUUCUUGUGAAUCGCAACAAACACAGAUUUUUAGUACUGAAACAUAGAGACAAUUUAUCCCUGAACGUAAUGCUUGUUUUUCUUUGGAUAUUCGGGCUUGCUAAUAUUUUGAAUUCUGGCAUAAAUAUGGCCAUCAAUAUUGACUGCUUACUCACGGGAGGACCACAACCAUUUCCGUUCGAACAGAUUAUCAGUAUUAUAUGCCAUACUGCUGAGAUAUUGUUUUGCAUCGGACAGUUGGGUUUUCUAAGUAUAUAUGGAAAAUAUAGGUUCAAAUUGUCAUCUCUGAUCAAUCUUGGUACGUCCUUCAUGGUCAUAGCACACACUAUUCGAUGGUGUAGAUCAUUCUGCUAUUCAAUUUUUAUGGAACACAAACUACCAUCCCUGAAUACGACAGAUGACUGCUUUGAUAAUUCCAGCUUAAAUGAUAUCCAAGGAGCGAUUUAUAAAUACGCAGGACCAAUCAAAACGGAAUUUAGCCUGUUAUCUGUUGUAGUCGUCGUUAGAAUGUUUGCUAUAUUCGACAAAGAUUCAUGUAAUGAAACAGAGGCAUCGUCAACAAGGCAAACAAGCUCGUGCCAUUCUGCAGAACAUGAAUAUUCCUCCAGCACCUCAUGGAAGAAAUGUGAUAUGGAAAGACGUCCAAUUUCUUUUUCCCUAUCGAUUGUGAUUGGUAUAAUCUUAUCUCUUCCAUAUACGAUAGCAAAUGUCUUACCCAGUUUAGAUACUAGUACCUAUCGGGUAAUUAGUCUGACAUAUAACUCUGAAAUGUUACUUCUUCUUUGUAUUGCAUAUAGACAAUUUAAGGUUCAGUUUCAAGAUAACUGUAAUAGACAGACUGAAACGAUAACAUAUCAUCCAGUCCUUAUCUUCGUCACAGCAGGGGCCAUCACCUACACCACAUUUGGUUGUAUAGCCGGAAUAAUGUUAUCCUCCCAACCUAUUGGUCGUACUCUUCUCGUUGAUAAGAUUAUUGAGUCAAUAGUUAUACUUUUCCAAACCAUUCUUAUACUCCACGUCCAAACAUUCUGUUUGAAAAAGGCGUACGUUCGAAUGACCUCAUCAAAAGUCCAUCACACUUUCCUCUGCAUUUUUGUCAUGAAUACUAUCCACUGGACAUUGAGCACGUUUGCUUUUGGACAAUUAUCAGAUGCCAGGACAAUUCAGAAAGAAUUUUAUGGAGAGAAUUACUGGAGAGUAAUAGUUAAUAUGAUGUUUCCCAUCAUGAUGUUUUACCGACUUAUCACUGCAAUAGAAAUGUACGAACUUUACAAAAAGACCUCCAUAUACUUUCGACGUUUGAUUUAGAAAGAUUAUAACUUGGUGUAUCGAUCCAAUGUAUGAGAUUAAGAUUGUAAUCAAUAUAUAUAUAUAUAUAUAUAUAUAUAUAUAUAUAUAUAUAUAUAUAUAUAUAUAGUUUGUAAAUAAAGAAUUCGGUAUUUGAUACAGUAAAUACAUCCAAUAAUAAAAGUCAAGAAACACAAAACUCGAAUAACAUUUCACUGUUAGCGC